CUCCUCUCCUUCCUUCCUCCCUCUCUCUCUCUCUCUCUCUCUCUCUUCACCGCGUCGCUAAUCCCCACCUCGUUUCCACCCCCAAAUCACACCGCCGCCGCUGCAGCCGCCGUCGCCGCAGCAGCUGCUGUCUCUCCCCCGUGCUAGUGGGGGGGCGCCUCACCCCGCGGGUGUACGGACGUGCCCGGAGUGGGGGGGAACGGGAGGGGGGGUGGGGAGGCUUGGUGGUAUCGGGUGGGGCCCGCUCGGUUUCUAGGGUUUCGGCCGCGCUGACACCUCGGGGCCUCCAAUUCGGCGGCGGGGCUCCGCGGUGGGGUGGCUUGCUGCUCCCGAUUGCCGCCCGCCGGUUCUGAUCGCUGUGGGUGUUGCUCUUGCUGCUGCUGGUGGUGCUGGUGCUGGUGCUGGUGUUGUGCUGUUUAUGCUGAAUUGGGUUGGGUUCGCGGUCGGAUUCGUGGAGGGGUAGUUUGCCUCUACUGUUGCUGCGCUCUGGGGUUGGGGUUGGAGAGAGAGGCUGCUUCUUUUGGAGGUGCUGUAAGGCGAGUGGCGGUGCGCUCGCUUGCUGUCGCUGCGUCAUCCAGCCGUGCUGCACGGCGAUGAUUUUUAUGCUCUGAGGCUCGGCUGGCGGCAAAUAUGAAUGUGGGACAAGCGGCGCACCUGUCCGGGCAGAUGUCGGGGCAGGCGCCGCAGACUAAUCAGGUUGGUGGCAGUGGCGUCGGUGGCGCUGACGGACUGCCACAGCAGAUGCAGGACGUGGUGGGACUUGGGGGCCUUGAUACCCAGUUUUUGUUAAUGCGCAACACUAUGCGCGAUAGGAUAUUCGAAUAUAUAGGAAGGAAGCAAUCAUCGACUGAUUGGCGGCGACGGCUGCCAGAACUUGCUAAACGGCUCGAGGAGAUCUUGUAUAGAAAAUUCUUAAACAAGGCCGAUUACCUCAAUAUGAUGAGGGGACCAGUUGAGCCACAAUUGCAGUUUGCUAUUAAGACUUUGAGUGCUCAGAACCAACAAAAUCAACAAAACCAACAAAUGCCAAGGCAAAUGGCAUCUUCCUCUGGCUAUGGCACGAUGAUUCCAACACCGGGCAUCACACAAAGUGCAACUGGAAAUUCUAGAAUGCCCUAUGUAACUGACAACACUGGCCUUCCGUCAUCUGGUGCAACCAUGGUUCCUCAGGGUGCCAACACUGGUACCUCACUUCCAGGUUCAAUGUCUAACGGUUACCAGCAUCUAACUACCAGUGUUCCAUUAAAUUCAACCACAAGCAGCAUCCCAUCUACGAUGGGUCCUGUGGGUAUUCAGCGGCAAGUGACUCAUAUGAUCCCCACUCCAGGAUUUAAUAAUCAACAGAAUGUGCCUGUGAAUCCUGAUUUUUCAAAUGGAGCUGGAUAUUUCAAUGGUGAGCCAACUGUGACAUCACAAAUGCAACAGCAGAAGCAAUUUCCUAGCAACCAAAACAGUCAUCAAAUCCAGCAUAUUGGGGGGCACAGUAAUUCUGGAAUGCAUUCAAACAUGCUGGAGAAUUCUUCUGCAUAUGGUUUAUCAGAUGGACAUGUGAAUGGUGGAAUGGGUGUACAUGGGUCAAACAUGCAGCUAACAAACAGAAGUGCUGCAUCAGAAGCAUACAUUAACAUAUCCACAUAUGGAAAUUCACCUAAGCCUGUGCAACAACAAUUCAACCAGCACCCUCCACAGAGGAUACCGACACCAGUUGAUAUAUCUGGUUCUGGGAAUUUUUACAAUACUGGUUCUUCUGCUUUAACAGCAGCGAAUAAUCAUAGCAUGGGUGCUACAAAUUUGCCAUCUAGAUCAAGAAUGAAUUCCAUGUUGCACACAAAUCAGUUAAACAUGCAAUCCAUUCAACCGCAACCUCAGAUAAAAACUGAGGUUUUGGAUCAGCCAGAAAAGAUGAAUUUUCAAUCUUCUCAGUUGACUCACGAACAACUUAUCCGCCAGCAACAUUCAAUGCAGCAACAUCAAAUGCAGCCUAGUUCCCAGUUUGUGCAAAACCAGUACCAUCUGAAUCAACAGCAGCCUAACUCACAGCAUCAGCAGUCUAUACUGAGAAGCAAUUCCCUUAAACAGCCCCAACUGAGUUCCAGCCAUUCUAUGCAAUUGUCAGAACAAGGAGCUCUGCCACACACUGAGCUGAUAUCUUCACAAGCUACUGAACACGCUGACAUUCCAAUUUACCAGGGUCAAUACCAGCAAAGAAGUGCUCAUGAUAAUGUCAAAGGAGGGCAAGUGUUUGGACAUCUUUCCAGCUCUCAAAAUUUUCAUUCUAAUGCGUCCCAUGAUUCUCAGCAAUUGUUGCCAACUAAUCAGCAGCUUGAUGACAGUUCAAAUGAUGUAAGUUAUGUCUUGAAAGGAUCUCAGCCAGAGCAGAUGCAUCAGGCUCAAUGGCGGCCUCAGACAAUGGAAAAAGCUCCUGUCACUAAUGAUUCGUCUCUUGAGAAGCAAAUACAGGCAGAUUUGUGUCAGAGAACAAUGUCUCAGGAUGGAGCACAACAGCCAUUUUCAUCUGAUUGGCGCCUUCCUGGUUGUACUGUGACUCCAGCUGAUCCUGCAUUGCCAAAGCUCCCUAGUGGAGGACUUGAACAGGCUGCUGGAAAUAUCUAUUAUUUUCGUCAGAUGAAGUGGUUACUUUUGCUAUUUCAUGCAAAAUCAUGCUUAACUCCUGUCGGAAGUUGUAAAUUCCAUCGCUGUUUUCAGGUACAGGAGCUAGUAAAGCAUUUUGAGAACUGUAAAAGGAAAGAUUGUUCAUACAGGGAUUGCAGGAGGUCAAGAAUGGUUACUGAACAUUAUAAGGCUUGUGUCGAUUUGCAGUGUCCUGUAUGCAGUAAUGCAAAGAAACUUCUGCAGCGUUCAGCUGAACUAGCAAGCAAGCAAAAGCCCCCUGAGCCUAGAAAAAUUGCUCAACAGAAUACGGCUCAAAGAAUCAUGAAUGGGGUAGAGGGUGACAUAAUGGACAUCGACCUAGUGUCAGAUGAAAUCUUUGAUAGUCAGCCUUCUGUUCCAAAACGCUUAAAGAUGCAGCCUGUAUCACCCAGUACUGCAGAGCGUGAAGUUUCUAUGCCCUCCAAUGCAGGGCUUAUAUUGCAGGAAACACAUUCUGAACUGCCUGACCAGAAUAACAAGGUGGGACAACUGAAAAUGGAUGUGAAGAUUGACCCACGACCACUGCAGAAGCCUGCAAAGAUUGGUUAUGGUACUGAUGGAAAUGUGCCCACAGCGAGACAUAAUGUGGCACCUGGAGGCUCAAAUGAGAUCAAGACUCAUGUCAAGCAAGAAAUCAUGCCAAUUGACAAAGAGACAAGUGAGACUGCCCCUGAAGUUAAGAAUGAAGCAAAUGAUUCAACAGACAUCACAGUUUCUAAAUCAGGGAAACCAAAGAUAAAAGGUGUCUCAAUGACUGAAUUGUUCACCCCAGAACAAAUUCAGGAACAUAUCAAUAGUCUAAGGCUGUGGGUUGGUCAGAGUAAAGCUAAAGCUGAAAAGAAUCAGUUGAUGGGGCAUAAUGAAAAUGAGAAUUCAUGCCAGCUCUGCAAAGUGGAAAAACUUACUUUUGAACCCCCACCAAUAUAUUGCUCCCCUUGUGGUGCUCGGAUAAAGCGAAAUGCACCAUACUAUACCGUUGGUACUGGUGAUACUCGCCAUUUUUUCUGUAUUCCAUGCUACAAUGAGUCCCGUGGUGACACUAUUGAGGUUGAAGGGCAAAACUUUUUGAAGGCCAGAUUCGAGAAAAAAAGGAAUGACGAGGAAACUGAAGAAUGGUGGGUUCAGUGUGACAAGUGUGAAUGCUGGCAGCACCAGAUAUGUGCUCUAUUUAAUGGUAGAAGGAAUGAUGGAGGGCAAGCAGAGUACACCUGCCCAAAUUGUUAUGUUGAAGAGGUGAAACGUGGGUUGCGUAUGCCUCUACCACAGAGUGCAGUUCUUGGGGCAAAAGAUCUGCCUAGAACUGUACUAAGCGAUCAUAUUGAAGAUCGGCUUUUUAAACGGUUGAAGCAGGAGAGACAGGAUAGGGCAGCUCAGGAGAGGAAAAGCAUUGAGGAGGUUCCUGGAGCCGAAGGUCUUGUGGUUAGAGUUGUUUCAUCAGUGGACAAGAAGCUGGAAGUAAAACCACGUUUUUUGGAAAUUUUUCAAGAAGAUAACUACCCGACAGAGUUCCCAUACAAGUCCAAGGCUGUCCUUUUGUUCCAGAAAAUAGAAGGUGUAGAAGUGUGCCUAUUUGGAAUGUAUGUUCAAGAAUUUGGUGCAGAAUGCUCCUACCCGAACCAGCGUCGUGUUUAUUUGUCAUACCUGGAUUCUGUUAAAUACUUCAGGCCUGAGAUUAGAACGGUGUCUGGAGAGGCGUUACGUACAUUUGUUUAUCAUGAAAUUCUGAUAGGAUAUCUUGAAUAUUGCAAGCAGCGUGGAUUCACAAGCUGUUACAUAUGGGCGUGCCCACCUUUAAAAGGUGAAGAUUACAUUUUGUACUGCCAUCCUGAGAUUCAGAAGACUCCAAAAUCCGACAAAUUGAGGGAGUGGUACUUAUCUAUGCUUCGAAAAGCUACCAAGGAGGAGAUUGUUGUUGAGCUGACAAAUCUAUAUGACCAUUUCUUCAUUACUAUGGGGGAGUGCAAGGCUAAAGUGACUGCUUCUCGUUUGCCUUACUUUGAUGGAGAUUAUUGGCCAGGAGCUGCAGAAGAUAUGAUCAAUCAACUUCGUCAAGAAGAAGAUGACCGGAAGCAGCAGAAGAAGGGCAAGACAAAGAAGAUUAUUACAAAAAGAGCUCUUAAAGCUGCUGGCCACACCGAUCUCAGUGGGAAUGCUUCCAAGGAUGCUAUGCUGAUGCACAAGCUUGGGGAAACCAUUUAUCCAAUGAAGGAAGAUUUCAUUAUGGUUCAUUUGCAGUAUUCGUGUAGUCACUGUUGUACCCUUAUGGUGUCUGGAAAACGUUGGGUUUGCCAUCAAUGCAGAAGCUUUUACAUAUGCGACAAGUGUUACGAUGCAGAACAACAGCUUGAAGAUAGGGAGAGGCACCCAAGUAACAGUAGAGACACACAUACGCUCCAUCCGGUUGACAUUGUUGGGUUGCCCAAAGAUACCAAGGAUAGAGAUGAUAUUCUGGAAAGUGAAUUUUUUGACACCAGGCAGGCCUUCCUUAGUCUCUGUCAAGGAAAUCAUUAUCAGUACGAUACCCUUCGCCGUGCUAAGCACUCAUCGAUGAUGGUGUUGUACCAUCUACAUAAUCCAACCGCACCAGCGUUUGUCACUACAUGCAACGUCUGCUGUCAUGAUAUUGAAACUGGUCAGGGUUGGCGGUGUGAAGUCUGUCCAGAUUUUGAUGUAUGCAAUUCUUGUUACCAAAAAGGAGCAGUCAAUCAUGCUCACAAGUUAACAAACCAUCCAUCAGCUGCUGAUCGUGAUGCCCAAAAUAAGGAAGCUCGGCAAAUGCGUGUCCAGCAGCUAAGGAAGAUGCUUGAUCUUCUGGUACAUGCCUCGACAUGCCGCUCUGGCAGUUGUCAAUACCCAAACUGCCGGAAAGUCAAGGGACUGUUUCGUCAUGGGAUGCAGUGCAAAACACGUGCUUCAGGAGGGUGUGUUCUUUGCAAGAAAAUGUGGUACAUGCUCCAGCUCCAUGCCCGAGCUUGCAGGGACUCAGGAUGCAACGUGCCGAGAUGCAGGGAUCUCAAGGAGCAUCUUCGAAGGUUGCAACAGCAAUCUGAUUCUAGGAGGAGGGCUGCUGUAAAUGAAAUGAUGAGACAGAGAGCAGCAGAAGUUGCUGCAAACGAGUAGUGGCAUCUGUACAGCUAUAUACUGUGGAAAGAAGAUAGGGAGCGCGCAGUGUCGCUGCCCUCGCUCAUUCCCACUCCCAAGUAGAAGCUUGGGAUAUGGUUGAAUUAGAGGAUCUAGCUAAGAAGUUGUCUCAGAUGGAUUCGUCCCAUGAAACUGUCCUGGAGAUGCAAGACGUCGCGCAUUCUUCCGCCAGUUGUUAACCUAUGGCUUGGAAGCCUGCCUCUGCCUCCUCUUCUUCAAAGGAAAGAAAUGAAAUGGAUGAAAGGGGUGUACCACAAUAGGUGGUAACUACUGUGUUCUGUGCUAACUAGUUGCACCCUGCUGACGGUGCCCGGUGAAAUCGUCGUCGUCGAUAGGACCCCCAGCCCUUGGGUGUGGUGAUUCUUUUAUUUGACCUCCUGUACUAGUGGAACUAAUCUUGUUUUGCUGCUUGCCUCCUCUUCAUGUAUAAUAGGUUUCUGGAACUCUUAUUGUUGAUGAAAAAUUGGUCUAGCUGUUCCCCCUCCAGCACCUUGUUGUUGUUGUUGCCUCCAUCAGGAGUGAGAGGGGUAUAGGGAAGAAAAAAGGAAGAAGAAGAGGGUUGGGCAUUGGAUAUGAAUUGUUUAUUUCUGCCCCCCAUUUUGUAGGAACCAAUCUUUGUUUUAAAGUAUAAAAGCAUAGCA